ACUUCUGUUGGGUCUGUGCCAAAUGACAAUCAACUUUGUUGUUCAAUUGUUAGUUGUUAAUGUCACGUCAUAUUUAUAAUUCCUUAUCGUAAAAUACACAUUUUACCUAGAGCUAAUCUCCAAAACGGCUGGACUGAUUUCGACGGGACUUUCACUGGCAGAUAGCUGAUGUUAUAAGGAGUAACGUGGGCUACUUUUAUUUUAGAAAAAUAAUAAAGGGAGUCCUAAUUAUUUUUCUAAAUGGAAUCCAAUCGUAAUAAAUUCCACUCGGGUGAAGUCGCAGGGAACGACUAGUUACCAUAAUAAUAUUGUACUGCAAAAACAGGAAAGCAUACUGCGUGCUUAAGUAGCAGCUGCAACCAAAUUACCAAACACCGGAUCUCCCGAAUUAUCAGAUAUUGAGUUCUGUCAAGAAAUUCUCAGUAACAGUCUGGAGUCAGGAAGUUAGCGGUGGUUCACCUCCGUGCUUUGGAAAGCAGUUAAGCCGAUGGUCCUGCGCCUGAUCUCUCUCCGGUCGUGUCGCAAUGUCAUCCUAAUUGAGGGAAUAUAAAGUGCACCUGUACUUGCGCAUACACUCAGGCACUGUAAUCCGGUUGUUACGGACAGCGAGAGACCCGCCGCCCCGUCGCCCCUUCGUUCCCCGUUACGUCCCGCGCACCCCGCACGCCGGCGCUGAUCACGCGAUAUCGGGCAACCAAUCAGCGCGCGUGCGGGAAAAUUGCCAUCGGGCGGCUAACCCGACGAAAUGAAGCGCUCUUCUCGGAAAUAUAAGAAGGGCGCCUCGGACGUUCAUUCGUUCAUUCGGGUUCAUUCGGGUUCCUUCGGAUCAUUCAGAAGCAUUCACUCGGAAGCGGCAAGGAAGAAUCAAGACAGAAGACUCCAUACUGAAGACCUCCCUUUUGUAUAGUGAUUAGUUAAUGUACCGAACCCAUUGUAAAUAGUGAAUAUAGUAUAAUUAAAAGUACCAUCUUUUCUUCGAGCAGUCCCCUAGUAUAGCUAACCUCACACCGCCAGUUUAAAAUACCAAAUACAGUCCACUACUCUCCAUCCACUUUAUCUUGGUCCAUCGUCGCCGGAUAGCAGCCAGAAGAAGGAAGAAAGAAGAAAGAAGGCAGUUAUACAAGAAAGAAGGUAAUUAUAGAAGAAGGAACAUAAUUACAGAAGAGAGAAGAUUAUUAUAGAAGAUCUUCAAGGAAGAAAGAAGUUCGUCGACGAAGAAAGAAGAUCGUCGGUACUAAUUUCUUCCCUGUUCCUUGUUACGCCUACGUCAUACGCGUCUAUUGUCUGUUUCCAGACAAUUUCUUGUUUCUUAACCGCGUUUACGCGGCCAGUGGUCACUCCCUAACGGUGCCAAACUGUGACCAUCUGGUAACGCCCUUGUGGCGGGAACGACAUCCAUACGUGUGUCUUUUUAAAGACUGUACGUACGUCUUUUUGAAGACGACCGGAGGUCGCAACGUGGGACCAUGAGGAAGACACGAAGCCAGAAGACACGGAACGAUGAUGACACGCCGGUAGGAAUGCGCAUAUUCGAAGAAGCACCCGCGUCCCCGUCCGAUUAUCUCGCGAUGGCACAAGCGCCCUCCGCCGCGCCCGCGCUCCAGGCCCCGCCCGCGCCCGCAUCUACGCCCGCGCCCGCGCCCCCGCCGCCGCGCCCCGCUAUGUCCGUGUCCACGACCGAUCGUUUGGGAGAGGUUAGCAUUUCCGCGCCGCGUACAGAGACACUCGCCGCGAUUAUAGAAGAUCUUCCGUCUACAGAGAUUAGUUCGAUAGUACGUACCGUCGCGCCUGUAACAGACGUACAUAGGCCCGCGCCCCGCGCCCCGUCGGUUCGCUCCGUUCGUUCAGCCCGGUCGACGGCUAGUGCGAUAGCUAAAUUAAAGCAAAUUGAAUAUAACGCCGCGGAGGAACUAGCUGCAAUUAGGAGGAAGCAAUUGCAGUUGGAAGAAGAUCUUAUUAGGAAGAAGUACGCUAGGGACGUCGCGCAACUGCAAGAAGAAACAGAUAGGGAAAGUGUCAACGAAGACGAGUUAGUUGAAAAUAGGGUACGCGUUGAUAGGUGGUUAGAGAACGUAGAGACUGUGCGGGGGGAGUCGCCUUCCCGCCCCUCUCAGCCCGCGCCCCGCAUCGAGUUAGAGCAGACCCUACCGAACAGGGUAACCGGUUACGACCACAGUGAAGAUGCCCAGGGGAGGACGGAAGCGAAUAACGUUCAACCGCGCCGCAUAGAUUCGGUACAAAGGGAAGAUGGAGUCGCCGCAGGAAUGAACCAGGUGGAUCGUCGUGUACGGGUUACGUCGCCGUCGCGCGUCCAACGCCGCACUCUAUCGCCUACACAUAGAUCGCCACAUCGCCACGCGGAUCGUAGAUCACCGUCGCCGCAUAGGGAUGUAGGUGCGCAUAGGACGCCAGCGCCACAGCGUAGGCUAGAGAGAGAUAGGGAUAGAGAUAGGUCGCUCACUCCGCGAGAAAAGGAUAGGGGUAUAGAGCGACUAGCGGAAGCUCUGGAGAAUAUGGUCAGAGUUAGGCCCGCUGCCGCGAAGCAGACGCAGGACUUGCCUAUUUUUAACGGUUCGGCCGCGGAAUGGCUAGCGUUCAAAGCCGCGAUGAAAGAAUCCACGCGUCUAUAUGGAUUCACAGAUACGGAAAAUAUGGCAAGGUUAAGAAAUUGCUUACGCGGUGAAGCUAGGGAAGUAGUAUCGGCACUGCUGUUUACCGCAAAGGAUCCAGCAGAUAUUAUGCGAACAUUAGAGCAGUGUUUCGGCCGCCCAGAAGUAAUUAUCGAUCGCGCGUUAGAAGAAUUGAAACGCCUUCCGCGCCCGGGUCAAACUGCACAGGAGCUAAAUGCGUUCGCAAUAAAGUUGCAAAAUAUCGUGUGCAUUUUGCAAAACGUCGACGGCAAGGGAUAUCUGCAAAAUCCAAUGCUUACUAGGGAGGUAACGAGUAAGUUAAGCCCUCACUUACGGUCGCGUUGGUGUGAUUAUGCGGAGCACUACGGGAGUGCAGACGAGCCGGACAUCGUUACACUGUCCAGGUUCAUGAUGAGAGAGGCUGAUCGUGCGUUGAGUCAUGCCUAUACUUCCGUAGAGCCGACUAAGGAAUCGCCCGUAAGACGAGAGGCGCCGCCGUCGAAGAGGAUAGUGACACGCCGCGUAGAGAAUAGGGCUCGCGACGUAAAAACGUUCACCGCACAGGAGGACACCGGUAGUGCCUCUUGUAUGUGCUGCGGAGGUGAACACGCGAUCGCAAAGUGUAAAAAGUUAGCGCAAAUGGGUGUGGACGACCGGUGGAAUUGGGUAAAAGAAGACGGGGUAUGUUUUCUAUGUUUAAAUAGUAAACAUCGACGGUUUAAAUGUAAAGCAAAGAAAUGCGGCAUCGACGGCUGCAACGCCCCCCACCACGCCCUCCUUCACACCCGCAAGACCCGCGCACCUGAGACAUCGGCCAAACCGGAUGAGACCGUACUCGUCGCGUCUAACGUCGGUAGGAAUGCAUCCGUAUUGUUGAAAGUGUGUCCCAUUACGUUACGUGGACCACACGGUAAGGAAAUAGACACGUACGCGUUGCUCGACGAAGGUUCGACUAUUUCGUUGAUCGAUGACGACUUAGCGCGUGAGUUAGGAGCGGAAGGACCGGUAAAGCCGCUGAAUAUUAGGGGAAUAAGCAAUAGUCAGCGCGAGGCCGAUAGCAGGCUAGUCAACAUAGGCAUACGUGGAAAAUCGCGCAGCGAGAUGUAUAGAAUAAAUGCGCGUACAGUAACGAAUUUACAGAUAGGUUCGCAGUCGGUGAAUAAAGAGUGUUUACGUCUAAAACAUUUACGCGACCUACCGAGCUCGGUUUGCUAUGAGGAAGCCAAACCGAGAUUAUUAUUAGGAGCCGACAAUUGGCAUUUAAUAAUCACCCGUAAUUUGAGGAUAGGGCGUCGAAGGCAACCUAUAGCUGCACGUACGUUAUUAGGAUGGGUGAUACAAGGAACCGUGCCGCGAUUCACGUGUAGGGAGGACGGUGAAACCGUGUUACACGUCGUAAGCAGUAGCGGACGGAUAGAUAGGGACAUCCGAACGUUCGCGAGUCAAGACGAGGAGAUAACGGAACUCCUCAAACGGCAGUACGAGAUCGAUUCCAUCGGUAUCUCGCUAAGGAAUAGGCCGCGACGGGAAGAGGAACGCGCUGUCGAGAUAUUCCAGCGCACCGUCAAGAAGGUCGGCGAUCAAUACCAGGUGGGACUGCCAUGGAAGGACGACGACGUGCGGAUGCCUCCUAGCUACGAGAUGGCUGCUAGAAGACUGCGGACGAUCGAGAGGAAAAUGGACAAAUCGCCGGAAUUUCGAGACGCCUAUACCGCGCAAAUAGAUAACCUCCUGGCGAAAGGAUACGCAAGGGAAGCCGAGGGGACGGAGAGAGAGGACCCUAAGAGCUGGAACCUGCCCCACUUCGCAGUACGAAACCCGAACAAGCCUGGGAAGACGAGAGUGGUUUUCGACGCGGCAGCGCGUGCGUCCGGUAAAUGUUUGAACGAUUAUUUGCUUGACGGCCCCGACUUGUUACGGAACCUACCGGGCAUACUGUUCAGAUUCAGGGAGAACGAAAUAGCCGUGUCAGCGGACAUUAGGGAAAUGUUUUUACGCGUUAAGAUUGACCGUCGCGACCAGCCCGCGCAAUUAUUUCUGUGGCGAGGUAACGAGCGAUCCAGCCCACCGCGGGAAUACGUUAUGACUUCAAUGAUUUUCGGUGCGAGGAGCUCGCCGUUUCUCGCACAUAGCGUUAGGGAUCAUAACGCGCGCGCACACGCUGAGACACAUCCGUUGGCACUUAACGCUAUCGUACGUAGUCACUACAUGGAUGACUACCUAGACAGUUAUGCUACGGUAGAGGAAGCGGUAAACACUGCGAGGCAGGUUACGGAAGUCCACCAGCAGGCCGGCUUCACCUUAGCGGGCUGGAAUUCGAACCACGCAGCCCUACUAGAAGACAAGCCGGAGGAAUUAUUAGCGAGCAAGCCUAAGGAGGUAGGCUUGAGACAAGACAGCCCAGGCAGAACCCUAGGGCUAUUAUGGAUGGCCAAUGAAGACGCCUUAACGUUCAACACAUCCAUGAACCGGGUACCGAACGAGGUGAAGACGCUGCAGAGGCCACCGACCAAGAGAGAGGCGUUAAGUGCAGUCAUGUCGGUCUUCGACCCGCUUGGACUGCUGAGCUACCUCACCAUCACCGCCAAGAUCCUGCUGCAAGACCUGUGGCGGAUGAAGAAGGUCGGAUGGGACGACGAACUACCCGAGGAGGCAGCUGAGGAAUUCCAGAGGUGGCUGCGGGUCGUCGAGGAAGUAUCACGACUGCGGCUGCCUAGGUGCUAUGCUCCUACGGGGGGAGUGGUAGAGCGUCAGCUCCACGUGUUCAGCGACGCAAGCGAACGUGCGUACGCAUCCGCGGCGUAUUGGCGAUUACGAUACCGCGACGGAACGGUUAAGGUACGAUUAGUGGCGGCCAAGGCGAAAGUCGCCCCGAUAAAGGCGCAAAGCAUACCACGGUUAGAAUUGCAGGCGAAUCUGAUAGGCGCGCGACUCGCGGAAUUCGUGCAAGGCGAGCACAGAGUGGUAGCCGAUAGGGUAGUUUAUUGGACAGACUCCACUACGGCGCUCCAUUGGAUUCAAAACGAUACGGCGCGUUACACCCCAUACGUAGCACAUAGAUUAGGGGAGAUAUCGGAGAAGACGUCACCCGAGCAAUGGAGGUGGAUACCGACCACAGACAACAUCGCGGAUCAGGCAACGCGCAUUAAUUAUACGUACAAGGAAGAGAGCGACAAAUGGUUUACGGGACCGCCAUUCCUGUACGAAGAGGAAGAUCGAUGGCCUCGACGACGGGAAGAGAAGGCAGGGGAUGAAGAUGACGAGCUGGAGGAAGUCGUGGCGCACCAGAGCGACACCAGGAGCGCUCCACACCUGCCAGACAUCGAGAGGUUCUCUUCUUACGAGAGAUUGGUCAGGGCCACCGCUCGGAUAUUACAGUUCGUCGAUGCCAUGAGAGGAAAGGCGCACGGACUAACAUUGGACCACAUCCAUAAAGCAGAGCGGAUGUGGAUAGAGCGAAGUCAACGAGAGAGUUUUGCUGAAGACAUCAGUCGACUGCAGAAAGGAAGGAACUUGGCAACCGGCAGCGCGUUAAGGAAGCUCGACCCCAUAUUCGAAGAUGGCGUACUGCGAGCUAGAGGACGGAUUGACGCAGCCAAUGUGGACAGCCAAAUGAAGAGGCCCAUCAUCCUGAACGGACGCCACCAGUUUGUAAAGCUGCUUGUGGAGAAGGCGCAUAAGGAAGCAAGCCACGCCAACAGGGAACGGGUAGUGAACGACCUACGCACGAGAUAUCACAUACUUCGACUACGACCGACCGUACGAGAAGUGGAGCGGAGAUGUCUGCGGUGCAGGGUACGCAAGGCGACACCUCGGCCAGCGGUUAUCGGAGAUCUACCACCUGAACGGUUAGGGGCAUUCGCGCGACCAUUCACCUACACCGGAAUCGACUAUUUCGGGCCUAUAACGGUAACAAUAGGACGUAGGCAUGAAAAACGGUGGAUAGCGUUAUUCACUUGUUUGACGACGCGCGCGGUACAUUUAGAGAUAGUUUAUUCCCUAACGACGGACUCGGCGAUAUCGGCAUUGCGGCGCAUGGCGGCUAGGCGUGGGUGGCCACGGGUCAUCUACUCGGAUAACGGGACAAACUUUCAUGGGGCGGACACCGAAUUACGACGGGCGAUGGAAGAGUGGGCACCCCUGCUGAAGGACUACGCGUUGACUCGGCGGACGGAUUGGAAGUUCAUCGCGCCGGGUGCGCCGAACCAGGGAGGCGCAUGGGAGCGUCUCGUGCGCUCGGUGAAGACCGCGCUCGAAGCCACACUCAAUCAGAAGAGCCCACGGGAGGAGACAUUAGCGACGCUCCUCACAGAAGCCGAAAACACCGUUAACUCUCGACCGUUGACGCACGUACCGGUCGACAUCGACGAAGAAGAGGCAUUGACACCCAACCACUUCUUGCUGCUGGGACCAUCGAGCCUUCCAGUGACCGCGCCGUGCACGCCUAAUGAUCGUCGGGCGUGGAGAGCGCCGCAGGGACUUGCCGACGAGUACUGGAAGCGCUGGGUGAAGGAGUACCUGCCGACGCUGGUUGCGCGCGGAGACUCAAGGGACGUGCAGCAGCGCCCGGUACAAGAAGGAGACCUCGUCGUGGUGGCAGACGGAACCAUGCCGCGGAACGUGUGGCCAAGAGGAGUUAUAACGAGGACCUUUCCCGGACCAGACGGCGUGGUACGGAACGUUGAAGUGAGGACCAGGGGCGGAUUGCUGCGGCGGCCGGUCAGGAGGAUCGCCGUCCUCCCGAGUGCAGCCUAGGCUCGCAAGGCUACGCCGGGGGGAGAAUGUUACGGACAGCGAGAGACCCGCCGCCCCGUCGCCCCUUCGUUCCCCGUUACGUCCCGCGCACCCCGCACGCCGGCGCUGAUCACGCGAUAUCGGGCAACCAAUCAGCGCGCGUGCGGGAAAAUUGCCAUCGGGCGGCUAACCCGACGAAAUGAAGCGCUCUUCUCGGAAAUAUAAGAAGGGCGCCUCGGACGUUCAUUCGUUCAUUCGGGUUCAUUCGGGUUCCUUCGGAUCAUUCAGAAGCAUUCACUCGGAAGCGGCAAGGAAGAAUCAAGACAGAAGACUCCAUACUGAAGACCUCCCUUUUGUAUAGUGAUUAGUUAAUGUACCGAACCCAUUGUAAAUAGUGAAUAUAGUAUAAUU